AAUGGACAGACAAAACCAAAGCUCUGUGUUUGAGUUCAUCCUUUUAGGCUUUUCUAACUUUCCUGAAUUCCAAGAGCAAGCAUUUGGGAUUUUCCUGGUUGUGUACCUGAUAACUUUCAUAGGAAAUGCCAUCAUUCUAGUGGUCAUCUCCCUGGACCAGAGCCUCCACAUCCCCAUAUACCUGUUCCUCCAGAACUUAUCUGUGGUGGAGGUGAGUUUCAGUGCUGUCAUCACACCAGAAAUGCUGGUGGUCCUCUCCACAGAGAGAACGACAAUUUCUUUUGUGGGUUGCUUUGCACAGAUGUACUUCCUUCUCCUCUUCGGUGCCACUGAGUGCUUCCUCCUGGGGGCCAUGGCUUAUGACCGAUUUGCUGCCAUCUGCCAUCCUCUCAACUACCCAAUGAUGAUGAACAGAAGUGUUUUUAGAAAACUGGUAGUGUUCUCAUGGGUUUCAGGGAUUAUGGUGGCCACGGUGCAGACCACAUGGGUGUUUAGCUUUCCCUUUUGUGGUUCCAAGGAAAUCAAUCAUCUCUUUUGUGAAACUCCCCCAGUUCUUGAGCUUGCCUGUGCAGAUACAUUCUUGUUUGAAAUCUAUGCUUUCACAGGUACAAUUUUGAUUGUUACAGUUCCUUUCUUGUUGAUACUGUUAUCUUACAUUCGAAUUCUCUUCGCCAUCCUGAAAAUGCCAUCAACUUCUGGGAGACAAAAGGCCUUUUCUACCUGUGCCUCUCAUCUCACGUCUGUCACCCUCUUCUAUGGCACAGCCAAUAUGACUUAUCAACCCAAGUCUCACUACUCAGCAGAGACCAAGAAAUUGAUGUCACUGGCUUACACACAGCUUACACCUCUGCUGAAUCCAUUUAUCUAUAGCUUGCGAAACAGUGAGAUGAAAAAGGCUUUGAUGAAGUUAUGGCAAAGAAAAGUGGUUUUACACAGCGCCUGA